AGUGUAUUUUUCCCAUUUGAAGUUUGCGAGUUUCCAUUUAGGACAUUAGGCCAUCUUCGUUGCUAAGAAAAUCAUAUUUGAUCGUAUCAGAUUCGGACUCUCUGCAACAGAUUUUUCCUCUAAGCUGUUGGAGAUGGCGAGUGAGACCGAGCCGGCGAAGCUUCUUCUGCCCUACCUUCAGCGAGCGGACGAAUUGCAGAAGCACGAGCCUCUUGUCGCAUAUUACUGUCGGUUAUAUGCUAUGGAACGCGGGCUUAAGAUUCCACAGGGCGAACGUACAAAGACCACAAAUGCCCUUCUUGUUUCCCUCAUGAAUCAGCUUGAAAAGGAUAAGAAGUCACUCAACCUGGGGCCUGAUGAUAGUCUGCAUCUAGAGGGAUUUGCACUAAAUGUCUUUGCAAAGGCAGACAAGCAAGAUCAUGCUGGACGAGCUGAUUUGAAUACUGCAAAAACAUUUUAUGCUGCAAGCAUUUUCUUUGAGAUUAUUUCCCAGUUUGGUCCCCUUCAACCAGAUCUCGAGCAGAAACGGAAAUAUUCGGUCUGGAAAGCAGCCGACAUCAGGAAGGCUUUGAAAGAGGGAAGGAAGCCACAGCCUGGUCCACCUUCUGGUGAUGAAGAUCUGUCUGUUCCUUCAAGUACCCCAACCAGUGCAAAUGACCUGAGGGAGUCCGUAGUCUCGAGAACCCAAUCGGAAUCAGAUUCGUUACCUCAGGUUUACGAUAAGGUCAACGAUGAACAUGCAAAUAUCCCACAAACUCCUCAGUUCUAUGAUAAAAUGAACAACCACUCUUCUUUAAACUCGUCUCCGCCUGCCCGAUUCCAUAACGAAGUCGACAAUCAGUACCCUUCAAAUAUUCAAUCAUACCCCACAUCUGGUUAUCCAUCCCAUGAUUUUCAUCCACCUCCAAGGAAUGAACCAGACAAUUCCUCUUACUCUCAGCCAUACCACCACAUCCAAUCCUACCCACAAGAGCAUCAACAACAGCCUUUGGCUCAUAAUUUUCCUCCUAAUGAAACUUCCCCAACUUACAACUAUGCCCAUUUCCAAUCUUAUCCAAGCUUCUCAGAAAGCAGCCUCCCGGCCGCCCCUUCUCACUACCCGACGGCCUAUUACCAAGGAUCCGAUGCUUCCUACUCUCCUCAAGUGACUCCUCCUGCCAGCUACCCAUCACCUUCCCAGUAUCAUUCAAAUGGCCGAGAUGGAACGGCCUUGGAACCUCAACCUAACACCAUGCCUGCCAAGUCGUACCAUUACGACAGCAGCUACGAGCCACCUCCAGAGAAGAUCGCUGAGGCACACAAGGCUGCGAGGUUUGCAGUAGGGGCUCUGGCGUUUGAUGAUGUUUCAGUUGCAGUAGAUCACUUGAAGAAAUCGCUGGAGUUGUUGACUAACCCUUCGGCAAAUGUGUGAUAUUCUGCUUUUGUGCUGGACUGAAACUGAUGUGAAUUUGUUUCUGCAGGUUUGAAUGUGUAAAUUUCGUUAGAUUUGUGGCCCCAUAAAAAGAAAUCUCUUGGUUGAAAAUCUUAUUGAGAAAGUUUCUUGAUGUUUGUUCUUACUGUUCCUUCCACCAUAUCUUUCAUUUUUUUAGUUCUGAGAAAUAUUUGUUCUAGAAUAUUUGGCUCUUAGGUUAUUAAGUUAUAGAAAGUUGAAUUUACGGG